GCUCUCCAAUGCCCGCGGAGUGGCGGACAGGGGGAUUGAAAAAAACAAAAACAUGGGGACACUUGGCUGGCUCGGUCUGUGGAGCUUGCGACUCUUGAUAUCAGAGCUGUGGGUACGAGCCCCACGUUGGGUAUACAGGUUACUUAAAAAUCAAAUCAAAUCUUAAAAAAAAAAAAAAGUAAGCACGUGACCCCAAAGUACCCUCCCCCCAAUAUCCUGAGGCGCGGCUUUGCCAGCCCCCUAUUGGGCCGCCCCUCUGCGCAGCGCUAGCCAAUGAGAGUGGUGGUAUGGAACGCGGGCGGUUUCCAUGGGAGCGCUGGAAGGAGGAGGGGACGGAGGUUACCUAGCAACCGGGAGAUGCUGCGAGGCCGCGCCAAGCAGUCAGAAAGUGCAUUCUCCCUGAGCCUGAGGAACCCGCGUCGACGACGGAUCUCAGACAGGGGCGAUUGCUGGUUGCCACCUUAAAAUACCCAGGGGCUCUAGGCCCCAACCUAGUCAUGACGUCUCCCCUGUGCUGGGGUGCGUCAACCAACGUCCUGCAUGCUCAGGACCAGGCUUCGACCUCCUCCAAUGUCAAGAGCAGUCCGACUCGGGCCAAGCACCGCCGCCCCCAAGGCAAGGGCGCUGCCCACGCCUGGCUCCCACUCCAUUCCAAGGCGGGACCCCUCCACACCGGCGGGGGGACGUCCACUGUGAACGCGCAGGUGGCAGAGUUACAAAGGAAGGUACAAGUGUUAGAGGGUGACCGGAAGGCCUUUUAUGAGAGCACCCAGUGGACCAUCAAGAAAAAUCAGAAGACCAUCAACCAGCUCCACGAGGAGACCAGGACUCUGCACCUGCAUUUGGCGGACCUGCUCCAGGGAGAUGAGAAAAUGGUCCAGGCAGUGAUUCGGGAGUGGAAGUCAGAGAAGCCAUACCUGAAGAACAGGACAGGCCAGCAGGCCCUGGAGUACCUGGAGCACCAGCUGAGAGAGAAGGUGAAGCAGCUGGACGCCCUGCGGCACCAGGUGCGUUUGCAGCGGAAGUUGCUGGAUGAGCUCUGGCUGCAGUACAGCCUACGCGAGCUGGAGCGGGCAGAGGCGCAAAGUGGCAACACGGAGGUGGCCAAGACCAUGCGGAACCUGGAAAACCGCCUGGAGAAGGCCCGGAUGAAGGCGGAAGAGGCCGAACACAUCACCAGGGUAUACCUGCAGCUCAAGGCCCAUCUCCAGGAGGAGAGCCUUCACUUGGAAAACCGGCUGAAAUUCAUGGAGGCCGAGGUGGUGAAGACAAAACGUCAACUGGAAGAACUGCAGGUGGUGGACCAGGAGGCGUCCAAGGCCCGGGACAUGGCCAAGAAUCAGCUGCAGUGUUUGGAGGAGUCCGUGUUCCGAGAGCGCAAGAAGCGUGAGCGCCACUUAUCCGAGUGCAAGAAGCGCGCGGAGGAGAGGAAGCUGCAGAACCAACGCUUGGAGCGCAAGACCCAGCGCGAGCACGUGCUGCUGCAGUCCGAAGAUUUGACCCAGGAAAGCCUGCGCGCCAAGGAGGAGACGCUGAAGCGGCGCUGGAGCAUGUACCAGAGGGAGGUGCUUUUCGGCAAGGUCAAGGAAGCCACCGGCGUGGCCGAUACCCACGCGGUGGUGAGGCGGUUCCUGGCACAGGGCGACACCUUCACGCGUUUGGAGGCGCUCAAGAGCAAGAACAAGCAGAGGCUGCUGACGCUGAAGCAAGAGAAGCAGCGGUUGCAGCGAGAGUUCGAAGACCUCAAGUACUCGGGGGAGACCACGCUGGUGAGCGAGCAGAAGCUGCAGGCUGAGUUGCAGGAGCGCCUCGAGGCUGAAGAGCAGCGGCGCACCGAGGCCCAGGAUAAGCUGGAACACACCAUUCAGUCCAUGCAGAUGACCAGGGAAGGCCUUGAACACCUGGCGGGCAAAAUGAAACACAUCGCCGUGGUAGGCCUCACCCGCAGGAAGCUGGGCCCACAGCCUCCCACAGCCCAAGAGGCUGGGGUUCCCGCCCCUCCUCAGGGGAGCCUACUCCAGGGGACCCACCCUAUGCCCUGUCCGGGAUGUCAGAGGCCUGCCUCCAGGGGGAGACCUCCCCCACUGCUCAGAGUCCCCAACCCCUGUCCCUGCGGAGAAACCCCUUACUUCUCAAGAGGCUCAGGACUACAGAGAGCCUGUCCCGGCUUCACGGGAAAGUCCCACCUUGCCUCCACACCCCAAACCCCAGAGACCCCACUGCAAUGCUCGGGCGGCCUGAGACAGGGGAAGCCCCAGCCUGCCGGAAGCAGAGUCCCAUUUCUUCUGGCUUCUCCCGACUUAAUACUCCCUUCUCCCACUAAAACCCCUCGCUCCACCAGUUGUUUCCCUCUGGAGUUCAGAGGCUCUCCCUUCACCUGCUUGGCCCCUUGA